UUCUGUCCGUUGCAAUCACAUUAAACCAUCCCAAAUCGGUCGCCUAGUCGUAAAUCUUGCCUUCAUUCAGAGAGAUCCGUUUCUUAAUUGUAAUGUGAACGGAGCAUUCCACUUCAUGAUAGUUUUUGUUUGUUAUUUUUCAAUUACCGAUUUUUCCAAACCUGUGCUUACUCUAUCUCGUCGUUGUUGGUAUUGGUUAGCUACUUCUGGACGAACCGCGGUCUCGCGUACCUGCUCAGCCGCGAAUCAUAACACAUUAUGUCAUAUGGAGACUGGUUGAGCCAACCACUUCUUAAUCGUAAGCGAGUCCCCGAGAGGUGUUGUUGUGUUUCUAAUCGCGAAGUCCGUCUUUUUCAAUUAAAUUCAAUCAGUGAAACUUUCAACAAGACUACUGCAAAAAUGGUCACCGUUGCCCGCAAGCUGGAUGUUAUCAUUUUCGGUGCAACAGGAUUCACCGGUAAGUACACGGUGUUCGAGGGCAUCAAAAUUCUAGCCGGGAUGCAAUGGGGUGUGGGCGGACGGAAUCGAACUAAGCUGGAAUCGACACUGACGGAGAUGAGUAGGAAGGCGAAUGUGGAUCUGUCACACAUUCCCAUCGUGUUGGCCGAUGUGGACGAUCAGCAGUCACUGGUUCGGAUGGCACGCGACUGUCGGGUUGUGGUGAAUUGUUGCGGACCCUAUCGGCUGUUUGGGGAACCGGUGAUAAAAGCAUGCUUGGAGGCAGGAACACACCACGUGGAUGUUAGUGGUGAGCCGCAGUUUCUGGAGGGGAUGCAGCUGAAGUACCACGAGCAGGCCAAAGAGAAGGGGGUUUAUCUGAUAUCGGCAUGUGGGUUUGAUAGUAUUCCAGCCGAUAUGGGAACAGUGUUUCUGGAGCAGCAAUUCGAUGGCGUCGUUAAUUCCGUGGAAAGUUAUUUACUAUCCAGAGUCAGAGGAAAGCGUGAACUCGGAGGAAUUCACUAUGGGACGUGGGCUUCGGCUGUCCAUGCGAUUGCUAACAUGAAGGAAGUGGGUCAAAUUCGAAGGGAGCUAUUCAAGACUAAACUGCCAGAGCUGGAGCCCAAACUGAAAGAGAGACCAGUGGUCCAUAAGUCGAGUGGAAAUAAAUGGUCAUUGCCAUUUUUGGGGGCCGAUCGAUCGAGUGUUUUGCGAACGCAACGUUUUUUGUAUGAAACAGAAAACAAACGUCCGCUGCAGAUGAAAGCUUAUAUUUCUUUUGGCAAUCUGGUGGAAGUUAUGGCGGUAUCUUUCAUUGGCGCCAUCUUUUGGCUGCUAGUGAAAACUGUGACCGGUCAGAAUUUGCUGCUGAACUAUCCCCGACUGUUUUCAAUGGGAAUGGUGUCCCACGAGGGACCCUCCGACGAGGCGAUGAAUGCCGUUAACUUUUCGAUGCACUUUGAAGGACGAGGGUGGGAGGAAAAACUGAAGGACCCUAAGGAAAAGUAUACCUAUCCGCCAAAUAAGAUACUGCGAACUAAGGUGACCGGUACAAACCCUGGAUAUGGAGCUACCUGUGUGGCACUGCUGCUUUCGGCGAAAACCAUUCUACGGGAAGCGGAUAAAAUACCUGGAAACGGAGGUUUCCUCACACCUGGUGCUGCCUUUGCUAAAACCAAUCUGAUUUCGGAGUUGUGCAAUAACGGGUUUACCUUUGAGGUCGUAUCCUCGUCUAAACUAUAAAAUGUUCAUUAGUUUAUGUUUUUUAA